AUGUAUGUUCAUAGAUGUCGGUUCGUUGAAUAUACACCUGCAGCGAUCAAUGCACUGGCUUUUACGCCAUUAUCAACUCAGCCUCUCCUUGCAUGUGGUCGAGCUAAUGGUGAGAUUGAAAUAUGGAAUCCUACUCAACGUUGGAAUUUAGAAAAGAUAAUUCCUGGCGCAAAAAACACGUCUGUCGAAGCUUUAACUUGGGUGCAUCGGACCGUCUCAAAAGAAUCCGAUAGCAAUCACUCUCAAACUAUGGAAAAACAAGAAGAAUAUUUAAACAAGCCUCCUAGACUAUUUUCUGCUAGCUCAAAUGGAUUAAUCACAGAUCUUAUGAGAAAUGAUGCCAAAGUUAUGGCAUUGGCUUGGAACACUGAUGACAAAUUUAUCGUUUCUGGCUCAUCUGAUAGUAAUAUCGUUAAAUGGAAUGUUCAUGACGCACGAGUAAUUCAAAGGAUGACUGUAGAUACUAAAAAUGGAAUGGAUAAUAUAGUUUGGGCGAUAAAUAUCCUUAAAGAUGGCACAAUUGUUAGCGGCGAUUCGUUUGGCAAUGUCUGUUUUUGGGAUAGUGAGCAUGGCACCAUGUUACAAAAAUUUAAAGCACAUGAUGCAGAUGUGCUAUGCUUGGUGUCAAAUAAAGAAGGUACUAUGGUCUUUUCAUCCGGAGUUGAUCGUAAAUGUAAUUUAUUUCGUAUGACCGAUAAUUUCGCCGCUCAAUCGUCUAAUGAUGCUGAUUCCAAUGAAGAUAAUUGGAUUUUGGUGGGGUUUCGAAGAACACAUUUACAUGAUGUGAAAGCAAUUGCUUUAAGGGAGGAUUUAAAUGAUAAAUUUUUUGUUUCUGGGGGUGUGGAUACUUCAAUUUUGGUUUCACAUUUUGAUGGAUUUCCUGAGGACAAACUCCAACGUUUACCUUUUAUUCCUCAAAAACCUUUGAUCAGUAUUUCAAAAUCAAAAAAACUUUUGAUGUAUCGAAGUACUAAUCAGAUCAAGAUGUGGAGAUUUGGUAGUGCCAAAUUGCAGGACUCUUGGCAACUUGAACAGAUUCCAAACCUGGAUUUAAUUGAACCACAGAAAGCAAUUUUGGAAAUGACCUUGAAAGGUAAUAAUCAUCUCAUGGCAAGUGCAUUAUCAGAAGAUGGCGAAUGGAUUGCAGUUUCUGAUGUAGAAACAAUAAAAGUGUUUAAAACCCAAAAUGAU